UUUGUUGCGGCAGCGUGGGCAGGCAGGAGAUCGUAAAGCGGCAAAGCGGUAUAAAAUAUAUUCGGGAACAGAAAGAAUAAAAUGAAAAUAGUAUUAGUAAACAAUUUAUACGUAUGAAAAGCACUCUGUGAACUCGAACGAUCGGAAUUGUUUUAUAGUUCAAAAAUGAAAGACGUCAUCGAUGUCCUUGCUCUGCAACGAGAGAAACGCAGUUCAUUACAGAAGAGUAUAACUAUAGAUUACACUGCAACCAACGAUCUAUUCACCGUUUCACGAUUCAUUUUUGAGUGUGGAUUGAAGCUCGAUGCCCAUCCUCUGACGAUUUCUACAGCAACAACAUUGUAUCAUCGGUUUCUCAAAGAAGCUACGGCUCAAGGAUAUGACUGCUAUCUUAUAGCUGCCACUUGCCUCUACCUAGCAGGGAAAGUGAAGGAUGAUGUUUUGAAAAUUCGCGACGUUAUGAAUGUGGCUACAAAUACCCUUCAGCGAGGCUCCCAACCUCUUGAACUGGGAGAUCAGUAUUGGAGUAUUCGUGAUGGGAUUGUUCAAGCAGAGCUUCUCAUUAUGAGGAUGCUGAAGUUCCAAGUAACACCGAUUCAUCCACACAAGUAUAUUCUACAUUACUUGCGAUCGUUGCACGCUUGGUUUGGAGAUGAAGAGUGGAACAAAUAUCCCGUUACAAAAACUAGUAUGGCAUUGUUACAAGAUUUUCAUCAUUCCCCAGCGGUUCUUGAUUAUCCACCAAAUUUGGUUGCCAUAGCCUGCAUUAAUUUAGCUUUGCAAAUAUACGGCGUUGUUGUACCUUUGAUGGACGAGUGUGAUCAGCAACCGUGGUUCAAUGUAUUUUGCCAAGAUCUCACCCGGGACAAAUUAUGGGAAAUAAUGGAAAAAGUCAUGGCGGCCUAUGAUGAAGAAUUGGAAACGAGAGACAAUUGAAUACAUUCUGCUUCUCUGUUGAGGGAGCGUUGAUACAUUCGAUAAUUUAUAAUAAAACCCAUGGGGUUAGGCAGUUGUUUAAAUGUGACGUACUCCGAUGAAUGAACUUUUUGUGAUACGAAUACUUGAAGUGUAUGUAAUAUCAGUAAACACUUUUAAUUGGAAUACCAA